ACCCCUCCGCCGUCGGUCGCUCGCCUCCCAGCCUCGCCGCGGCGGCCGGAGAGAGCGCACCAGCGACCGAUGUUGGAUAUGCAGGCGGGCGUCGUGCACCUCACCUCACCUCACCUCUACGACGACCCGGACCGGCCGCCUCCGCCCGACCCUCCUCGACCCCCACUUGGACGCCGGCAGGAAGCGGCGCAGUCGCCGGAGGUGAAGAAGCUCGUCCACCUCUAGCUCCUCCACUACGCCGACAAGUGAAGUAAGCCGCCUCAUCUUGAAUCUUGGUCAACUAGUUUUCUUUCUUUCUCUAGUUGACAUGUGCUACAACAAGGAUGCAAUUUCUUCUGUAAGUAACAGUAGUAAUUAGUUGGUCAUGCUGUAGAAAUUUCCUCGCUAUUGCAGCGGUCACUGCCUAAUCUGCUGCUUCAGACUCGAUCCGUACGGUCAUGCUACUGCAUAACUCUGAAUCUUGGUCAACUAGUUGGAUUUCGAAUAGCAUAAUUACUUUCUGCAGUUGACAUGUAGAAAUUUGGUCGCUACUGCCGCGGGCGACGAAAUGAUCCCCUAAACAUCUUUAGUUGCGUUCCUAGACCAUUGAAGCAAAUAUUGUGGGCUGGUUAGUAAAAUGAUUUUUAAAAGUUGAAUCUGAAGACCACCCUUGAAUAUGUCAAUACCAUGAUCAUUCAGGCUAUUGCCUUGCUGGCUGACCUUUUUUACAGUUAGUAUUGCUUGUACUCUGUUUCUUCAUAUCAAUGAAAGAUAGACAAAACUUUUUCGUAUUCGCGAAAUAAAAAGAGCUCACUGUCAUAGUGAAAGAUACCUAAAAUGUCAUUUUCCUGUUAAGCUUGGUGGAAAACUCAUGAUUGACUUGAGCAUGGCCCACAGCAGCUUUUGUGGAAGCCUCAUGGUUGACCUGACCAAAUUCCGUGGCCACGUAGUGGAAGCCUCAUGACUGACUUGGACACUUGGUGGAAAGCAUCACUCAAAGUCCUCCUUGGUGUGCGCUGCCGACUAGCACGCAGUUUUCAUGGUAUACUGCCUGCCUUGUAUUAUGCAGAGAGGUAGUGGCCCCAAUCUGAAUUGGGCCACUGCUGUCCUAGUCUAAAUUUGAUUGGUCCCAAAUGGAUCGUAGUGACAUUCCGCAUAAUCCAAAUUUGGUUGGUCCCAGUCUACAUAUACAUCCUCUUCCUUUGAACAGCAGAGCAGAGCACAUUUCACAUUCACACUUUUCGAAUUGGGCCACUGCUGUCCUAAUCCGAAUUUGGUUGGUCCCAAAUGGAUCGUAGUGACAUUACGCGUGAGACAGUCAGCUGAGCAUAUUAUUGAUUCCUGUUCCAGUCUAUAUAUACAUUCUUUUCUUCCUUCUUCGAAUAGCAGAGCAGAGCAGAGCACAUUAUUCACACUCUUUCCCAUGCCUCCCCUCUACAUAUUAGCUCUUGGGCUUCUCCUCUUACACACUCCUCGCUGCUCCUCGUCUGCACCUGCUGGUGAUACCCUCACUGAAGGCCAAGUGCUUGCCGUCGGCGACAAGCUCGUCUCGACGAACGGCAAGUUCGCGCUCGGCUUCUUCCAGCCUGCAACGACCACCAUUAGUAAGUCUCAGAACGCCACCAGCUCCAGCUCCAGCUGGUACCUUGGCAUAUGGUUCAAUAAGAUCCCGGUUUUUACUGUCGUGUGGGUUGCUAAUCGGGAGGAGCCCAUCGCCCAUUCCAACAUCAACUCAACAAAGCUCAAGUUCUCAAGUGACGGCAAUCUUGUCAUUGUCACAAACCGUGCUGAUGCCGUCACUGAAUCCCUUGUUUGGUCCACUCAUAUUGUCAAUAGGACACAAGCCAGUAGCAUAAACACCACCACCUCUAGUGCCGUUGUUCUCUUGAACAGUGGAAACCUUGCCCUACUCACAAAUAGCAAAGUGAUGUUGUGGCAGAGCUUCGACUACCCAACAGAUAUCGCGCUUUCUGGCGCCAAGCUUGGCUGGAACAAGGUCACUGGUUUCAGUCGCAAGUUCAUAUCAAAGAAGAGCCUCAUUGAUAUGGGUCUUGGCUCAUACAGCCUAGAACUAGACACCAGCGGCGUCGCCGUCCUCAAGCGCCGCAACAAUCCCUCUGUAGUCUAUUGGCAUUGGGCAUCCUCCAAAACAUCAUCACUGAGUGUUUUACCAACACUAAAGACAAUUAUAGAUUUGGAUCCACGCACCAAAGGCUUGAUGAACCCAAUAUAUGUCGACAACGAGCAAGAGGAGUACUACAUGUACACAUCACCGGAGGAAUCAUCGUCUUCCCUCUUUGUCUCACUAGACAUCUCUGGUCAGGUCAAGCUGAAUGUUUGGUCGCAAGCCGACCAGUCUUGGCAAACCAUAUGUGCUGAGCCUGCCGAUGCCUGCACUCCAGCUGCUACCUGCGGACCUUUCACAGUCUGCAAUGGCAAUGCUCAGCCAUCCUGUGACUGUAUGGAGAGCUUCUCUCAGAAGUCACCACAGGAUUGGGAGUUUGAGGAUCGAACAGGAGGCUGCAUCAGAAAAACACCUUUGCAUUGCAGCACUAGUGGUAACAACAAAAACAUGACAAGUUCAACAGACAUAUUCCACCCCAUUUCUCAAGUUGUGUUACCCUACAACCCACAAAGCAUAGAUGUUGCUACCACUCAGAGCAAAUGCGAAGAAGCUUGUCUCAGUUCCUGCUCCUGCACUGCUUAUUCCUAUAACAAUAGCAGAUGCUCUGUCUGGCAUGGUGAAUUGCUCAGUGUAAAUCUGAAUGAUGGCAUUGACAAUAAUUCUAAAGAUGCCCUUUACCUCCGUCUUGCCGCGGCUGCAAAGUUUGAAAAGAAGAAGAAUCAAACAAACAUAAGAGUUGUAACUGUUGCAAGCAUUAUUGGUUUUGGAUUAUUGCUAAUGCUCGUGCUGCUGUUACUGAUUUGGAAGAACAAAUUCAAACCAUUAUACAACAAUCAAGGUACUGGUGGUGGGAUAAUAGCCUUUAGAUACACUGAUUUAGUUCGUGCUACUAAAAACUUCUCAGAGAAACUGGGAGGAGGUGGUUUUGGUUCUGUAUACAAAGGAGUCUUAAGCGACUCGACUAGUAUAGCAGUGAAAAGGCUUGAUGGUGCCCGUCAAGGAGAGAAGCAAUUCAGGGCUGAGGUGAGCUCAAUUGGACUGAUCCAGCAUAUUAACAUAGUAAAAUUGAUCGGUUUCUGCUGCGAAGGUGAUCACAGGUUACUUGUGUAUGAACACAUGUUAAAUGGUUCUCUUGAUGGUCAUCUAUUUGGGAAGAGAAACAUUGCUGUUGCUGUCCUAAAUUGGAACACCAGAUAUCAAAUAGCCCUAGGAGUUGCCAAAGGAUUGUCCUACUUGCAUCAGGGUUGUCACAAAUGCAUCAUACAUUGCGACAUUAAGCCAGGAAACAUACUUGUGGAUCCAUCUUUUGUUCCUAAAAUUGCAGACUUUGGGUUGGCAGCGUUUGUGGGAAGGGAUUUUAGCCGAGUUCUGACAACAUUCAGAGGAACUGCUGGUUAUCUUGCCCCAGAGUGGCUUAGCGGAGUUGCAAUCACACCGAGAAUUGACGUUUAUGGCUUUGGCAUGGUACUUCUGGAAAUCAUUUCAGGAAGGAGGAAUUCCUCACUUGAAACAUCAUACAACACUAGUGGCAGUAGCAGUUGCCAGAAUGUUGAAUAUUUCCCUGUGCAAGCCAUCAGCAAGCUUCACAGCGGAGAUGUGAAGAGUUUGGUGGAUCCACAAUUGCAUGGGGAUUUCAAUUUGGAAGAGGCUGAAAGAGUUUGCAAAGUUGCAUGCUGGUGCAUCCAAGAUAAUGAGUUUGAUCGGCCGCCUAUGGUUGAAGUGGUCCGGGUUCUUGAGGGUCUGCAAAAGAUUGAUAUGCCCCCGAUGCCAAGACUACUUGCAGCUCUAAUGGUCUAACGGAACUGUCUGAA